AUGCGCAACGAGCUUGAGAUGUUUUGGUGGGCGCGGUGGCCAGUGUCUAGCAUUCCCGAUCCUGGUGAAGAUGGUGAUCCUGAGCGCUACGCUGUGCUAGCAUGCAUCACCGCCCUAAUCGUCGAGAGCUUCAACGAGCGCAACAAACUAGGCCUGCGUCGUGCAGAGCCCCACUCAAUCCUGUCUCUCGAGGAGCAGCUUGCGUGGGCGGCGACACCUGAGGUUCGAGAGACGGAACCAGCAUGGACUUCUAACGCGCGACCUCUGUCCAGGGUGCUGUACAUUCCGACUGGGGAUGAUAAUGGUGAAGAAAUCACGAAUUUGGAGGAUCCAAAGGCUUGCCCAGCAUUCAAAAAGAAGAAUAUUCUAGCGGGAAACAUCUCCGGUCCGCUCCCGGCUAUCUUCCUUGUCAACUUCGCCGCGGAGAUUGUCAAGCGCUAA